CAUUAUCUCUUCUUCUCUCUUUCUGCAACAAUGGCGCCAUAUUCAUCUUCUCCAGCCGCGGCAGCAGCAGCGGGAAACCCACCUUGCACUCUAUCCCCACCGUCACUCCCCCAGCAAUGUCGUCCGUUCCCCUGGGCUUGCUCAGCUCCACUCGCCAGGACUCUCUCGACCUUGCGCUGCUCCAUUUCGAGCCCUGCAAUUUCGACGAGCCCCCCGCUGGUGGUGAAGAAGAAGAGGAAGAGAUACAGGAAGCUGUACCCGGGGGAGAGCGAGGGCAUCACCGAGGAGAUGAGGUUCGUCGCCAUGCGGCUCCGCAACAUCAAAGGCAAGUACAGUCACAAACUCAACCGGAGCAGUGCCGGCAGCGGCGACGGUAGUGACGGCGAGACGGGGCAUUGGGCCACCGAUGACGAUGGAGGAGGUGGGGGAGUAGAGUCUGAGGCGGGAGGAGGGGAUGAGGACGGGGAAGCGUGGAGCCCGAGCAUUGAGGGAGUUGUCAAGUACUUGGUGGACAGUAAGCUCGUGUUCGACACGAUCGAGCGGAUUGUCGAUGAGUCAAGUGAUGUCGCGUAUGCUUACUUCAGAAAGACAGGACUGGAACGUUCGGGAAGCCUCUCAAAGGACCUCGAAUGGUUCAGCCUGCAGGAUAUCUCAAUCCCAGAACCUAGCAACCCGGGUGUCACUUAUUCCAAGUAUCUCGAGGAACUUGCAGAGAAGAGUGCUCCUCUAUUCCUCUCACAUUUCUAUAACAUUUACUUUUCCCAUAUAGCGGGCGGGCAAGUGAUAGUAAAUCAGGUAUCUGAGAAAAUGCUGGAAGGAAGGCAACUGGAGUUCUGCCGAUGGGAAGGGGACGUUCUGGGUUCGUUCAAAGGCGUGAGGGAGAAGCUCAACAUGCUCGGGGAGCACUGGUCUCGUGACGAGAAGAACAAGUGCUUGAGAGAGACAACGAAAUCGUUCCGUUUCAUGGGUCAAAUAGUCAGGCUGAUCAUCUUAUAGGGACCAAUGUACUUCCUCCACUCCCUGGAUGAGCAACUACUGGUUUUGGAUGCUAAUUGCUAUAGAGUUACCGUGCGAUCCAAAAGACCAAUUAGGAUUCUGCCCAUCCACCGAUGUGCAGGACUGAAGCUCGAUCAUCUUCUACCCGCGGAGAGAAAUCCGAGCCGGGCUAUUCGUCGAAGCUGAUGAGGCGGGGAUGGGUGUGGUGGGUGAACCAAGCAUCAUGGUCAUUUCUUGUACGAGUGCAUCUCAUAGCGUGGGAAUGCUUCUUUUUUUUUUUUUAUUGAUUGAUACUAAUAAACUUAAAAAGGGACAUUAAUUUUCAUUGAUUCUUAGAUA